UAGCAUAUGUGACGUAUGUCAAGAUGUUUGCACGCCGAUAAAGAAAGUCAUUAGGUGUAUCAUUAAUCUAUUUCUUUUACUAUGUACAGCACAACAUGAAUAGCCUCGGUUUAAGUUUAAUUUUAAAAAUGGGCUGUAUAUGCUCCAAAGAAACUAUCACGGUAAAUUCAAGAAAUUAUACAGUUCGCGAACAUCUUGGAGAAGGUGGAUUCAGCACUGUACUUUUAGUUGAAGAUGCAUUAACACAUAAGAAGUAUGCAAUUAAAAAGAUAAUUUGUCAUGGCUUAGAGGACCAGAGAUUAGCAGCAAAAGAAAUAGAAUAUCACAAUCUUGUGAAACAUCCAAAUGUAAUAGAAUGUAUUGAUUCCACUUAUAAAGGAACAGCAGAUCCUGUCAUUAACGCUACCAGUGAAGCAUUACUUGUUUUACCAUACUAUCAUAGAGGUACACUUGCAAAUGAAUUAGAAAGACGUGCUAAAAACAGUGAUUAUAUGAGUGCAUUGGAAAUUUUAUAUAUUUUUUCACAAAUAUGCGAAGGUGUAAAAGCUUUUCACGAAGCAAAACCAGAACCUCUUGCUCACAGAGAUCUAAAGACUGCAAAUAUAGUUCUUGGUGAUGGUACUACACCUAUUAUAAUGGACUUAGGUUCUGUAGCACCUGCAAGAGUUAAAGUAUGCGGAUCACAGGCAGCGCAAACAUUGCAAGAUUUAGCAGCAGAAAGGUGUUCAAUGCCAUACAGAGCACCAGAAUUAUUUAAUGUUGAAAGUUAUUGUAUGGUGGAUGAACGAACUGAUAUUUGGUCUUUAGGCUGUAUUCUGUAUGCACUCUGCUAUUUUAAAUCGCCUUUUGAUGCUGUAUAUGAAAGAGGAGAUAGCGUUGCUUUGGCUGUCAUGAGUGCAAAUAUUACAUUCCCAGAAAAUAGUCCUUACAAUGAGGAAAUGCAGGAUCUGAUUUUAUCAAUGUUGAAGGUAAACCCUAUGGAACGUCCUUAUAUAUACAGUGUUAUAGAAAGUGUACAUGAUCUUAUCGGCAAGUUGGAGAACAGAGUAUAAUCAUAUAAAGAGCAAUAAUUUAAAUAUUUAUUAUUCAAGAAUGCAUGUACAGGUGAUUUUUGAUACUUCUUACAUCACGUACACCAAUCGAAAAUAUUUAUCACAGUACAGAAAAAAUACGUGAUAUUAAAAUGCAAUAAUAUAACACAGUAAUUUUUUACUAACGAAGUUUGAAAUAUUUGUAAAAUUUUACAAUAUCAUUUCAGACCUUAAAAAAAUGAAUUACUAAGUAAUAAACUUUAAGAUAUAUUUUAAAUACAUAUGUAAAUAUUAAUGUUCUGAAAAACAAAAAUUUCAGACUUACAGCACAUUUAUAGUAUCGUUGGAAGCAUAAAUAUGAUAUACUAUUUUAACACAAUACUGAUAGCUGACAUUUGAAUUAAUAAUCAGCUAGCUUUCUUUAGAUCGA